AUGCCGCCCAGUUCAUUGAACAAACGCAGAGCACUGGAGCCAGCAUUUCUCAACCAACUGAAGCCAGCACAAAUAAACGUGCGCGAUAUGUCUUAUAGUAGUGGCAAUGGUAACGGAUAUAGAAGUGGUAAUGCUAACGAGAAUGGUAAUGUGUAUGAUAAUGGUAAUGGUAAUCGUAAGAGUAAUGGCAAGGGUAGUUGUUACGGUGAUGGUAAAAGGUCAUUACCUAGUGCUAAUACUAAUGGUAAUGAUAAUGAUAAUGGUUGUAGUAAUGGUAACCGUUAUGGUAAUGGUAAUUAUAAUACUAGUGACAGUGACGAUUUUUAUGGUACUGGCGCUGACAGUGUUAAUAAUAAUUGUAACGGUAAUGGUAAUUGUAGUGGUAGUGGUAAUGCUAAUUAUAAUGGUAAUGUUAACGGCAAUAUUAAUGGUAGUGGUAGUGGUAAUUAUAAUGGUAAUGUCAAUGGCAAUGGCAAUGGUACUCCUGAGUUACUUUCCAAGGCCUGUCCGCUUGGCGGUAUAUGA